AUGUCCCUUGCAGGAUUGAGGUAUCAGUCCACGACCUUUGGCACGGCACCUCAAGAGACCAAAUCUGGUUCGUACAUCUACUCUGGUAGCCCUAGUGGAUUCCAUGAGUGGGAGUUCAGGACUCGAAUACGUGUGGAGUUCCUCAAGCAGAAGAUCAAGAAGAAGGUCUUGGAGCACAGAUUCAAGGCUACGUCAGCUUCACCUGAACGAGGACGUGCUGAAAGGAGUCCCGUCGUAAGACGAGGAGAUGAUGGUGGCGCCCAGGAGACUGAUGCGCCCGGAGCACGAGGGCAUAGCGAUCCUGGAAGUCCUGAAGAUGGGCAGACUGGACGUGAUGGACAGGGAGAUGGUGAGCAAGAGGAGGAGCGUCCUGACUAUGCUUCACCUCGUGCUGCGCCUAGUUUCCCUGGCCUAGUCGAGGAUGAACAGCUAUCAGGAGAAAUUGACUCCCUGAGAGCUGAGUUGGUGCAGAAGGUGUUGGAAGGCCUGAGAGGUGAUGCCUACCUGGCAGCUCAGGACCUUGGAGUUGAGACCUUGAUGAAGGAUGGUGGAAUUGAGACCCUGAUCGCCACCUUGAAGAAGAUGAUCUUUCCCUUGCAAUCCUUGGAAGCCAAGGAGCUUUUCCGAGUAGGGCAGAUGCAACAUGGCCCCUUGUCACGCCAGACAGGGGAGUCAGUGACUUCCUUCAUUUCAAGACGCCGCAGAUGGUGGCGCCAAGUGAAGGAGCUUGAUUCCAACAUGCUGAUUUCUGAUCAGAUGCGUGCUGAGCUUCUCAUAGAGGGUGCUGGUUUGACCAAGCAGGAGCAGCUCAUGAUCAGAACUGCCUCCAAGAGUCAUACGUUCGAUGACUAUGCAGCCAUCUUGCUUGAGCACCAUGGAAGAAUUCAUUUGAAGGAUUCCAGAUCCCUUGCACCACAGUACAAAUCCAAAGCCAAUGAGGAGACCUGGCAUGAGCCAGAGGAGUAUCACGGAGAAGAUGAGCACGAAGAACACUACGAUGAACAUGGGUACAUGGCCCACAACGAUGAAUCAGAACAGCCCACUGAGUGGGACUAUGUCGAAGAUGAUAACACCGCAGUUGCCUUGGUCGCCAUGGCCGAGUGUGACCAUGAUGAGACACCAGCUGAAGGGCUGGAUGAUCUUGCAGAAGCUGCCCAACAGCUUUACGUGGGUUACAUGGCCACUGGCACCCACAAGGGGAAGACCAAGGGUUUCAAAGGCAGGGAUAAAGGCAAAGGCAAAGGAAAGCACAUUUUCCGAACACAGCUCAGUGUACAGGAUCGAGUCAAGCAUUUGGCAGAGCUGAAAGCUCGUUCCCAGUGCCUUCGAUGCGGAAGCACCGGACACUGGGCAGGUGACCCCAUUUGUAAAUUCCCAAGCCAGGGGAAGAAGCCACCCCUCAAGCCCCAGGAAUCCAAGCCUGGUGUAGGGUACAUGGCAAUUAGUGAUGAGAAGCCAUUUGGGGGUGAGCACGGUGUUUUGCAUGUGCGUUCAUGUCAGGAGAAAGAACAUGCUGCAUUCAUGGCUUACAGGACCCCAGUUUCCAGAUGCUCUGCAAAGGCACCACCUUUAGCAGGUGGAUCAGCAGCAGGUGGAUCAGCCGACUCAGGUGAUUUCAGCAUGGUCAGUGACACCCGCAAGGACAGAGCACGUCGGACCCGUGUCCCAGCCUCUGCACAGGGAAGUGAAAGCUUGCCUGAUGGGUCAGAUAACAAGUUCACGUUUGGCCAACAUGUUGGGUUGUCUUACCAUGAGGUUUUGCAUAAGUACCCCGGUUAUUACUGA